AUGGGUCCACGUGAUGGUCGUAGUGAGUCGCUCACUUGCCUACAGGUGUAGAUUACGGCAAGCUCCCAUAUAUUGGCACCAAACUCUCCCAUGUGGCUCCUCGGAGCUAGGCUAUGCCUAGCGGCCACACCCCCAUAACCGUCUCGACCGGCGAGCUAAUCCAGGCUAGGUUAUUCGAGUGUGCAUCUCCACACACGGUAACUCUGCUCCGCUCCCACCAUCGCUGGCCGGACGGACCACCGCCUCGACACCUCCGAGAUGAGGCUUCGUCAGCAACCCUGCAGGAGGCCACAAGAUAAGUGACCCCCAGCUCUGGUAUCUGUCUUUGGCUUGUUCUUGAUUGUUUGCCUUAAUCUGUUUGUGUUUGUCCUUGUUCCAAGCUAAAUGUCGUCCUGUUGAAUUUGUCCGCUCACUGUCUACAUUUCAGCAAUCAGUUAGCCUAGAGAGGGAUGGGUAAGUCUGCUUCCCGUCUCUCUUCCCUUCCCCCUCCCCCUUCCUCCCAUUCAAAAGUCCUACGGCGAGAGCGACAGCGAUCACGUAUGUGGUCCAUGUUUACUCGGGCCGUUUUCCUACUAAACAAAGUCGUAACCCAUAACGGAGUCCGGCAGCCGUCUGGGAUGUCUGGGCAGCCUUGUUUAGGGAGAGCACUGCUUACCCCCGCGAAUGGGGACGGGGCUAGAAAAGGUACCCUCAAAAAACGCCGGGAUUUCGUCCUCUACGCGCUGAUUGUGGCUUACAGACGCAAAACACGGUCGAAGCAAUCAAACAAGAAACAAUACUCUCUCUAUCUUCCCUCUCCUCCUCACCCUACCCUCCGUCCCACCCCACAGACCGCUAUGGUGAGUCUGUGGCGAGUUACCAGACGAAUUCACCUGCGAGAACCUAAUCCAGUUUUAUUUUACAGAAUUGCUUAUUUCAACGUGAUGAAUACAACUCGGCUAGACAACCCCGCUUCACUGGCGUGCUCCGCUGUCGUGCUCUGCUGCCAGAUUAUUUUACGCCCUGAAUAUCAAUAUUCUUCACUAACCGGUUUUGCUUACUGUUCUUAAUAUUUAGGGCUCAUGAGAUGUCAUUCGUUACUCCGUGAGAACAUUAUUAUUUGCGUCAUUGGUGACUCUCGCCGUUAACGCAGACUUUAUACCUUUCUCUGUCAUAAUGCAUAACAUUUAACGUACUAUUUAUUUGUGAAUUUUCACUCCACUUGCGCCUUCUUUUCUCGAGAAUUUUCUCGAUACUGUCGCUUUUUUUUAUUUUCUCAGAAAUUAUCUAUAAACUUGGAGUAGAUUAGUAUAUUUUAAGUCUAUAGGCUUAGAUAUUGUGCCAUCUCUAUUUUGCCUAUUAUGUCUCACUCCAACCAACAACUUGAUGUUCCCUCCCAGUCCCUCCAUGCCGUCAAUGUUAUCUUGUCUGAACUCUGGUAACAUGUUCUAGAAAUUUAUUUCAUCCUCAUCGAAGCAGCAUUUUAUUCUGCUAACGUCACCAAGGAGCUGACGAAGUACCACAAACUUGUGGAGGUUCUUUCCGCUAGUGUUAUCUUCCAAGUCCAGUCCUUGUUAUCUUAUCCCCUGCAGAUGCUCCCUAUUCCACGCUAAAGGUAGAAAUCCUUCAACUUAGUGCUGUGUCCGGCCGACAGCGCUAUCACCGGUUGAUUAAGGAGGAAUCACUGGAUGAUCGGAAGCCCUCAGAAUUUCUACAUCGAAUGCGUUCUCUCCCUGGAGACAUGCGGAUUAACGAGGUGUUUCUAGAGCGCCUGCCCGCGGAUGUUCAAACAACUUUUGCGUCCGGUUCUCAAGCUCUAAUGGUUUCGCAGAUAGCUGAAGUGGCGGAUCGAAUGAUAGAGGUGCAACAGUUCCAACCGCUCCCCAUUAUCCACGGCCCCACAUCCUCGUCGACAGUGAAUGAGCAGUUAAUCAAGAAGAUGUCAGCCGCGGCGGGUGAGAUGGCCUCCCUUAAACUACAGCUUGCCCACCUUACUUCCAUUCGCUCACCUAGCCGUCGUUGUUCUCCCUCGCGAACUCGGGCUGCCGAUAUUAGCUGA